AUGGCAGAUGGGGCACAGGCCAACCCCAGAGUGUUGAGGAAGAAGGAGCUGGUUAGACACCCCUCCAGGUGGAGGGGCCCAAGUCUCCGGGCAUCUUUCCCUUGGAAAACCUCGAGAUCCAGCCUGGGUAUGAAGAAUUUCUUCACCGUGGUCUUCCUGGCCAGCAGCGUCCUGCCUGCGGCCCGCAGCAGCCUGCUUAACCUGAAGUCCAUGGUGGAAACCAUCACGGGGAGGAGCGCCAUCUUGUCCUUCGUGGGCUACGGCUGCUACUGUGGGCUGGGAGGGCACGGGCUGCCCAUGGAUGAGGUGGAUUGGUGCUGCCAUGCCCAUGACUGCUGCUACCAGAAGCUCUUCGACCUGGGCUGCCGCACCUAUGUGGACCACUAUGAAUACACCAUCGAGAACAAUACUUCCAUCAUCUGCAGUGAGCUCAACGAGACAGAGUGCGACAAGAAGACCUGUGAGUGUGACAAGGACGUGGUUCUGUGCCUCCGGGACCAGACGUACAAUGAGAAGCAUCGCAACUACCUCAACAUCUACUGCCAGGGCCCCACGCCCAACUGCAGCAUCUAUGAGCCGCCCCUGGAGGAGGCGGCCCACAGCCACACCGCCCCCUCUCCCCCUGCGCCUCCCUAG